AGCCGAGCCCACGGACAGAAAACACCCGGACUCAGCCCUCACGGUUCGUGGGAAACAUGUAGGAAGCUCGCACGGGUCCGCACGGUUCGACAUCUGGAGGUUCUAGCGCAGCUGAGCAUCUACAUGGAAAUUUACCAUGGGCGGCCAUGAUGAUGAAGAAAUGCAAUAUGUCGUGAACAAGCAAAAGCAAGACGAGGAGCUGAAGAACAAGCUGAAUGACAGCAGCCACUGGUGCGACCAGGAGUCCACCGGAAACAACGCCAAAUGGGUGAAGGAAGGCCGGAACCAGCUGCGGAAGGUGGCCGAGAACCAUCAGGACCAGGACCACAACUGCAACAUCAGCCAGAAUGGGAACAAGGAAGAGUUCCCUCAUCAGAACACCUCUCAGGAAGAACAGCAGGAAAACGAGGAGCAGACUAAAUCUCCAAAAAUCACAAUGACCCCUGGUCUCAGUCAGGAGGAGACCAAGAUCAUCCUCAAUGAGCCGCUACUCAUCGACACUCUGGAGUCCACAGAGGAGAAAGACAAGGAGAGGGAAGAGGACGGGAAAGACAAAGACAACAAUUCAGAGGAAGAUGAGGAGACAUCAGUCGAUACCAGUGGAGAGAUAGUGGCAGAAGAUCAGAGUGAUGUGGAGUCUCAGAAGGAGGGCGGCGUUGUGGGGAGAAACGCCUGCCUCCUCUUCUCCAACAUGAACGGGACACCGAGUGAUGAAGAGACCAGCUGGCCGGCACUGUCUCAGGACAACACGGCUGACAGCACUCCCAAUGGCAACAGAGAUUCCUUUUGGGACUCUAGUGCUUUUGAGACAGACACAGACCUGCCCUCAGGAUGGAUGAGAGUGCGAGAUACAUCAGGCACUUACUACUGGCACAUCCCCACAGGCACCACCCAGUGGGAGCCUCCUUCACCCCUGGGUAAAGUUGGUGAUUCCAUGAUGUCAUCCACUAUGUCACUGGAGACUACUCCCUGUGAGGAGCCUGAGGAAUCAUGGGCUCAACUCUCCAGCACAGAUGAAGGAGUGGGUGAUGCAGAAUUGUGGAAGGAGGAGGGCGAAGUUGCAUCUGAUCAAAGUCUGAAGGAGUUUGAAGGGGCAACUCUACGCUAUGCCUCCAUCAAUCUCAACUAUAAUUGCUCCCAGUCUGAGGAAGAAGAGAAGCUCGCUCCACUCUCCACAGACAUAGAAACUAAGUGUUUUGCGGUGCGCUCACUGGGCUGGGUGGAGAUGUCUGAGGAGGACAUGGCACCGGGCAAGAGUAGCGUGGCUGUCAACAACUGCAUCAGGCAGCUGUCUUAUCACAAACACAACCUUCAUGACACUGCUGGUAUCUGGGGAGAGGGUAAGGACAUGUUGAUGGUCCUGGAGAACGACACCAUGAACUUGAUCGACCCACUGGGACAGACCCUGCUUCAUGCUCAACCGAUCGGCAGCAUCCGUGUCUGGGGGGUGGGCAGAGACAACGGCAGGGAUUUUGCUUAUGUGGCUCGGGACAACUUGACCCAAGUUCUGAAGUGUCAUGUCUUCCGCUGUGACUCACCCGCCAAGAACAUCGCCACCAGCUUGCAUGAGAUGUGCUCAAAGAUAAUGUUGGAGAGAAAGGCAACCAGGCCAGGAGUUAGCAGACUAAUCUCUGACCCAGAUAAACCCAUGGUUUUCCCAAUUGAAGAGUUUCCAGUUCCAAAAAAUGAACUCUUCCAGCGCUUCCAUGUUUAUUACCUUGGUUGUGAGAAUGUGGCGAAGCCAGUCGGUGUGGAAAUAAUCAAUGACGCGAUAGAGGCAGCAAUGCAUGGCAAAGAUAAAAAUGAUUGGACUCCGGUCUCUGUGGAUGUUGCACCAGCCACACUCACAAUACUUUCAAAACAGAAUGACGAGGUUCUGUCAGAGAACCGGGUGCGUUUCCUGUCUUUCAUGGGAGUUGGGAAGGACGUCCACUCUUUUGCUUUCAUCAUGGCCGAGGGUCCACGAGAAUUCAACUGUCACAUGUUUUGGUGCGAGCCCAACGCUGCCAGUCUGAGUGAGGCCGUCCAGGCUGCGUGCAUGCUUCGCUACCAGAAGUGUCUGGAUGCACGUCCGCCCAGCCUCGCCUCCUGCCUGCCCACUCCUCCUGCCGACUCUGUGGCUCGACGUGUCAAGAAAGGAGUGCAGAGUCUGCUGGGCAGCUUUAAGAGCUACAGGUCAGGCUCUCAAUCCCCCUGAGUCGGCGUGAAGACGAUGCAAGCUCCAUUACACACAGGGUCCAUCACUACAACCCCGUCUCACUCUCACAUCUCCUCCUCCUCCUCCGCUCAUCCUUCCGCCUUACAACCGUUUCACUCGUCUAGUCAGUAGUCUAGUCUGUGGAAGUAGUUUCUGGGGGGAAAUGUGUGUCUGAAAAGGUUGCAUCUAUUUGAAUUUUAAGUUUAAACAUCAAUUUUAUACUCAUCUCCAAACAGAUGAACGCCUGGUAUCAUUUUCUUUUGUUGCUGGGAUUCUUUCUGUGAGUCUUAACUAUUUUUGUGUUUUAACAGAAACAAUGCUAUGAAUGUUGGAUAUGGAUGUAACGUGUUUUACGUGCCGACGCUAGAAUUUGAUUGGAAAAGAGGUCGUUAGAUUCUCUCACAGAAUUUGUCUCCUUCCCCUUUUCUCCUCAGUGCAAUUAUCAUCUCUAACACUCCUCUUUUUCUACUGUCUAAAGAAGGUACUGUAACUCAGUCAGAUGGUGUCGAGCAUCUUAAUAUUGAUAAAACAUCUCUCCACCACCUUUGGUUGUAAGAAAUGCGCUGUAGGCGUCUCGGCAGUGUGCCACGUAGUUAAAUGUCCCUGACCAUCCCAAACAAUGUAUUUUAGUCUUCCAAAGAACUGUAUGGUCAUUUGUCACAUAGUGAGCAACCACUGAUUUGAGUGUAGUGUGUUCCUCAUACAUUCUGCAUGAACAUUUGCAAGUUCAGUGCUUGUGUGCAAUAAUCAGAUGUUCCUGUAUGGUGUGGUGAUGCGGUGGCUGCCGUGUGAUUAUCUGUUCACAUUCACGAGAGGCUGAAUAGAUGGAGUGUGACGGAACAUCAGAGCCAUGUUGAAAAUCAUUAUCUGGUGAUAGAAAUAAUAGUAAUAAGAAACACAAACUCUGGGUUUUCACACAGCUGCCAACAAACCACUGAAUAGUACUGUAGUAACUCACCACAAGCUGCAUGUAUGGAUAGCUUAGAUUACUCGCUGCUUGCAGCGGUUUAGUGCUUAAGACCCAUUAAUGUAUCCUGUAAAUUCUUUCUCUGUGUUCCUGUGCGGUUAAGAGGAGGCUGGAGUCGAUGUGUUGUUUUGUGUUACAUAGGCAUGUCACUCUAGUCAGUGUCAGUGUAUAUCAUAAGCUAGCAGUAGAGAGGUAGACUCCCUGUCCGUUCCCUCAGACUGAAAAGAUUAGACCAGGUCCAUGUUUGUAUUUACACUUUGUGUAUAUGGGAAACCCAGAGAUCACGUCUCCAGUGGGUCACGUUUUAUUUUCCCCAUUGGUCCCAUUUUCAUGCGCGUGGGCCCCAGCCCCUCCAUUUAAUGUAUUUUUUUAUUAUUUCCAUACACUCCGAUGUACAAGGUUGAAGAUGAUUUUCACGUUAGCCUGUUAGAUUUAAUUUUAUAUUAUUAUAUAAAGAACACACUAAUUAGCUAAGAUGUAUUCUAUCUUUGUGUCUGUCAGUGAUCAAUACUGUAUGUAGCACAAUAGUAAUAGUCAUAUUAAAGAUGCAGUUAGUAAGACUUCUCAUUGGAAAUAUUGACCUGAUUGGCCUCAUUGUCUGAAACAAUGAGAGAUAUUCUCCAAACAGAAACUAACCACAAAAAUAAAAGUAAAAUAAAUUAUAUGUCUUUAUGAAUUAAAAAUAACAUUUUAGAAUAAAUUAAUGCCUUAAUUAAAUUAGAACAAAAUACAGUAAGAAAGGAAUGUAGAGACAUGGAUAAGAAAUACAUCUACGUAUUUUAAGACUAAAAUCAACUUCUAUGAAACAGUAAUAUUCUAAUAUAAUUCUAAUAUGACCAAUAUAUCGUGCUAAAGUGAGUUUUUAUUUUAAGUUUAUUUUUGAAUUUAUAAGUCCCCACUGUUGUAUAGAUAAUUGUUUUUUUUAACAUUAUCUAGAACUUUUGUUUUUCAAAAAGAUUAUUACUGAUUGUAAAGUGUCCUCAAAAGUUAAACUGAAAACUUAACUGUGUUCGAUACUGAUGUGUAAAGUCUGUACACGAAAUCUGUCUUUAAAAGUAUAAAUGGUAAAUGACGCUUAGAGGAUUGUGCUGAGACAAAGAUUUCCAAAUAUAAACCUGUCAGGGACUCUGCUCUGUUAUUGUCUGACCUCGUCGCCCAGUUUAGAAAAGCAGAGCGAUGUUUCUUGACGAUGUCAAAACGUCCUGUCUAUGUUUUUCAGAUUUCCAAGUUAUCUCAAACCAACUCUUACCAACUGCUUCUUUAUGUGUGUAAGAUAUAACACUAAAUGAAAACUACAAUGACUCGUGUAUAACUGCCUUGUCACUCAUGUGUCACUUGGAAUUAUUGUGCAUUUACUCCUUCGAAGUUUUGCUGUGUCCAGUCAGUGGAACACUGAAGCCAGAUGAGUUCAAAAAACAUUAGCAGAUUAAUUUAUUUCUGUUCAUGUAAAUUAGGUGUAUAAAAAUUGUAUGUAUAUAAAAGUCACUGCACAAUAAAUGUGAACAUAUCAUAACUGUU